ACCGAUGUCGGUGGCGGAAGAAACGUGAAUUUUAUACACUUUUACACUCGUUGUAGGUUGAUAUUCUGCUUGCAAGAUGGACGAAAUCAACCAUAAAACCGUGUUCGUGCUGGACCACACGCCGUACUUUGGAAUAUCAUGCGAAAGCCCGAUCGAUUGUGAUUUCAUCAAGAGCAAGGUGCCGGUUCCACCGAUCAGCAAGAGUUUGUGGACUUGUGCGGUCGAGGCGUCGGUCGAGUAUUGCCGGAUUGCGUACGAUAUCUUUCCCGCCGGCAAGCUGAUUCGCUUCGUCGUGAGUGACACGGCCGCACACAUCGUAAACACCUGGAACACGAACACGCAAAGUCUAACGCACAUCAUGAACGCCAUGUCGAUGGUCGGCGUUCCGCCCCGCCAGACGCAGGCUUCCGACUACUCGGUCAUCCAUGGAUUACGGGCGGCCAUCGAGGCACUGGCGGAGCCAACCGAUUUCCAGAAGGAGCAGAUGCUGGCCCAUGCCAAGAACGAGAGCUUUAAGUUGGUCAACCGUGGGCGCGUGAUCUGUAUAACGUCCGCCCGGGAUGACGCUAGUAUGAAGAGCCUGGAAGACAUCUUCCGGACGGUGCUCGUGCAGCAAAACUCCAUUUCGGCUGGCCACAAGGAGUACAUCAACAUCGACCAGUGCCACCUGGUGAUCAUCAAUCUCUACCCGGCAAACAUGGAAUCAAUGGUAUCCAACCGGGCGUUGGUGGACAUUUCCCCCAUUCUCAAGUCGGAGAUACACUCGAACAAGGCGAACAAAAUCUCGAACAAAUUGACGCAUCUUAUUUUGCCACACUUCGAUCUAGCCAGUACGACCGUGACGGGGAUUCCGAUGAAGGAGGAACAGAAUGCCAGCUCCAGCGCCAACUAUGAUGUGGAAAUUUUCCACGGGCGCACGGCACACUCGGUUUUUCUCGGCACGGAGCUUGUGCUGCCGCAUAGCUUGAAGGAAGGUUCGGACUAUGAAACCGUCACCCUAAAGUGGUGCACACCGAGAAGUUGUGGGUCAUCGGAGAUGCAACCGUGUUUAGCGCAGUGUAGGGUGACACCCGUGGACGUGACAUCGCGGCCGAGCUCUUGUCUGAUCAAUUUCCUUCUAAGCGGUCGCUCGGUGCUACUGGAGAUGCCGAAGAAAUCGGGUGGCAAAAUCACGAGCCAUCUACUGUCUGCCCACGGGGGCGAAAUUUUCAUCCAUUCGCUCAACACCGCGCGCAGCUGCCUGGAGGAUCCACCGUCGAUUUCGGAGGGUGGCGGGGGACGCGUGACCGACUACCGGAUAAAGGACUUCGGUUUGCUUAUGCAGCAACACCGGUUGGUUCCAUUGAAACCACUGCCCGAGCGACAACCGGAUGAGAGUUUGCAAAAGAUGCGAGCUCGACUGACGAAAAAUUCCCGCUACUGGCCGUUGACGCACGGACGGACGGUGCUCUAUAACGUGCGGCAGUUUGUCGAGCCCGUCCUGGUACUGACGCAAAAGCCGGAAAUCUCGGAAGAGGAAAAAAUGCACUGCCUGAAGACGAUUUACAACCUUUCGCAGCUGGAGGAACGCCAGGAAACGCUCGCCCUUCCAAACAUGGGCCACCGGUUGAAGGGUAACAAGAAGGAGGAACAGUACCGGUUGCUCUGGUCGGAGCUGGAAACGAUCGUCAACUACAGUGGAUCGUCCCCGGCACACAAAGCGAUUCUCAACUGCAUCCGCGACUGCCGCCGGCUGUACCCGAACGCGGACGGUAGCGAUCCGUACGAAAAAUCACACACCGGUGACGGUGCGGCCGAUGCACUGCGGGCCAGCGUUAUACGGGCGACCACGGACUCCCCGAUGUCGCCGCCACAUUCGCUGGGUGGUACGGCGGGUGCCGAUUCCGCAAUGGCUGCGGCCGGUGCAGCCACGAUCCUGCUCGGCACCGGGAGCAGCGCGGUUCCGAUCGGAGGGUUACUUGGCUCACGGGGGACCGUUAGUGGGAAGAAACUGUUCAACACUGGCGCUCGCUCGCUGCUCGACGUGUUGGCCACCACGGAACGUACCAACAGUCAGAAACGUAUCGAUUUUAGCGGCCGACUGUGUACGCCACCGGGACAGAUUGCAAAGCUGUACCCCCAUUUAGGGUCGAAGGAUGCGGACAGUGGCCCGGGACGUUCGGCGGAUGUGAAGUAGAUGCAAUUGAAGAUUUAAGUGUGUAGUAACUAACGUGUUUCUAGUUUUAUCUAAUGUGGGUUUUAAGUUAAGUUUUAAUAUUUUUUCAUCCCGUCUUGGGCAAAGGAGGAGAAGCUGUUGAGGGUUGAGGUACAAUAGUUUUAGUCUAUAUAUAAUAAAUCUAUUUUAAUUAAAUUAAA